AUGGAUGAACCAAGCGCCGGCACUGAACAUACUGACCACGAUGCCAGCGGUCCUCACGGUCCUAGUACGCCGCGGCCGAAUGGUGUAAUCAAUACCCCAAAGCCUGAAAAGGCAAAACAAUACAUCCAUGAGGACGAGGAGGAUGCUGUAGCAGAUUUCAAUGCUCCUAUCAGCUGGUGGAUGGUGUCAACACUGUUUCCGCUCAUCGCUGGGACAUUCGGACCCCUGGCCUCAACUUUCAACAUUUGUGCCCUUGCCAUUGACUGGCGGACGACUCUCAGCUCAAGUUCGACGGAGUCAGAGGGCACACACAUUUCCGAUCCUCGCUGGCUCCUCUCUGUCAACGGUGUCAGCCUCGCCACUGCCAUCCUUGCGAAUCUAGCACUGUUGGCUCAAAUGACGGACCGAAUCUCGCACCAACGAGCUUCUCCCAUCACCAUUGCUGGCUGGUACACCAGUUCCCUGCUCCUGCUAGGCAUAAUUGCUGCAACUCCGGAACAAUUGCCGUUGCCGGCCGACACUCUGGCAACAUACUCUCAAGCAUUCUACUAUGCCAUCUUCGCUUGCGUCAUUUAUUUCAUUCUCGCGUCCAUGCUUCUCGUCACCCACGUCAACCUGCGAUACCGGGCGCCACAAUUUAGCCGAUCGUUCAAAUUGACCAUGUCUCAGCGCUCGCUCAUGCUCCAGACUAUCCUCUUUGUCAGCUACCUGCUUGCCGCAGGCGCAGUCUACUCUCGAAUCGAAAACUGGGAUUUCCUCGAUGCCGUCUACUUUGUCAAUGUGACUUUGUUUACAAUUGGACUCGGAGACUAUCAUCCUGUCACACAUUUGGGGCGGUCGUUGUUCUUUCCCAUGGCGAUUGGCGGUAUCCUUUUCGUCGGUCUGAUCAUCGCUUCAAUCCGCACGCUUGUCCUCGAAUCGGGCUCUCGCAAGAUUUCCACUCGAAUGGUCGAGAAGGCACGUCAUAAAGUGCUCAAUUCAGGCAAUAGUGAGACUACCAAGCUCGCACCUCAGGGCGCUGGAUGCCAAAAACUCGAUGGCGAUCGGCGUGGGUCAGAACUCGAUCGCCGCAAGCUUGAGUUCCAAAUCAUGCGUGACGUCCAGAAACAAGCGGCGCGCACCAAUCGGCUGAUCGCCCUUUCGAUUUCCGGCACUUCUUUUUUCAUUCUAUGGUUCAUUGGCGCAGUGGUUUUCUGGCAAGCGGAGUCUGCCACUGGCGGGGAAAAUUGGUCGUAUUUCGAGGCUUUGUACUUCACCUAUGUGGCUCUUUUGACGAUCGGAUAUGGCGACUUUUACCCUCAAACAAAUUCUGGCAAGCCUGCUUUUGUCUUCUGGUCAUUGAUUGCACUCCCGACACUGACCGUCCUGAUUGGCGCCAUCGGGGACACCAUCUCCGAUAUCGUAGCUUCUACAACAUUAUGGCUCAGUAAACAUGCACCUGAGAGCCUGAGUAUACUAAGGGGGGCAAAGGCAGCGGCAGAGAAGAAACGGAAUCGACAAGGUGCUUUCCAGGAAGCAAAGCCACCAGGGUUCAUGGACGAUGAAGCCGCUGUUGAGUACGACUUUGACGAUCCGAACGUCGCCAAGGUGAUCCAGGCACUGGGUGGGCGGGAGCAAAACAAUGCCCCGGGAACAGAUGCAAAGCCAGAAGACGAGAAAGAAGCGCAGGCGCUCUUGUCUGCAUACAGACUUCACAUACUUUUGCGCGAGAUGCAGAAUGUUGUACAACACCUCGAUGCGCAACCCCCGAGGAAAUACACGUACGAGGAAUGGACGUGGUUCUUGAAACUCAUCUACGAGGACGAAUCGUUUCCAGUCGGCCAUAGACACCCGUGGGAGUACGACGCCAAUGUUGCUGCUCCAGUGAGGGAGAAGGACGACCAGAAGUGGAGUUGGCUCGGACAAGAAAGCCCUCUAAUGAGCAUGGAGGACGAGCCGAAGUGGGUGCUGGCUCGACUUCUUGAAGUGGCACGGAGAGGCAGCAAGAAAAAGGGGGACUUUUGGUAUCAGGUUUGGAAGCAACAGCAGGAAAGGAACAGUACCGACAGCAGCAGGGAGCCCAGGAGAAGCGGCACUGCGAAGUCGAGCGGAUGA